AUGGGUUCAGGAAGCAGUAAAUGUACCCCUUUGGAAUGCUUCCUGAACAACUGGAAAUUGGCCACAAAGGAUGAUGAUUGGGGAUUUAAGUUGAAGAAGGAGAGGCUUAGGACCCUUUGUGAAGUGGACUGGCCGACGCAGGGCACUGGCUGGCCGUCCCAGGGCAGUUUUGAUGGACGGUUGAUCAAUCCCUUGUGGCAGAGAAUAAUUGCAAACCAUCCAGAUCAAAUUCCCUAUAUUUCCACGUGGAAAACCAAUGUGGAUAAAACCCCCCCUUGGCUGCAGGCUUGCCGAACUGCUCCACCACGGGCAAGGAUCUGUGCCGUCCGGCAGCAGAAAUUACCUCUUGUGGUCCAAGACACAGAGGAAGAUGAAUUAAUUGUGAGGCCACCUCCUUAUAGACCCCCAACACCGGCACCAGCACCACAGAAUGAUCCACCCCUGCAGAAUAAUCCCCAGGAUAACCCCCCCAACCCAGUUGGUGGCAGCCCUAUCAACCCAACCCCUGAGGAUAAAGACCCCACCAAAUCAGAGACAGAUAAGGAGGAUGAAAGUGAUGAUGAUGAGGGGGAUGAGGAAACACUGUUAAAGAUGUUGGAAGAGAAGGUACAGAAGGGGGAGAAGUGGAGUAAGAAGCAAGACAAAUGGAUAAAGGACUAUGUAGACCCCUAUAAAGACCAAGUGGAUGUUAGUCCCCACCUCUUAGAAGUGGCACGUUGUGAGGAUGGGCGCUGGAAGAAGAAACAAAAGAGGUGGCUGGAGGCAGCACGUAGAGCUGCCACCCACCAUGAGAGAGAGAGAGGGAAGAAAGAUCAGGCUACAGCCUUGAUGCCCCUCCGGGUAGUUUAUGACCCCCCGGGACCGCCAGGGGAGAAUGGGGCAGCAGCACCACGCACCUACACAAUCCAACAUGUGCCUUUUUCAACUGCUGAUAUUUGCAAUUGGCGCAAUCAGAACCCCUCCUUUGAGGAGAACCCAGCCAAAAUCAUCAAACUUUUUGAAGGGAUCUUUAAAACUUAUGACCCUACCUAUGAUGAUGUUCAAUAUCUUUUGGACUCUCUGUUAACAACGGAAGAAGUCCGGAGGGUCCAUAGUGAGGCAAGGGCGCAUCUGAGGCAGUUACAAUUAAAUGAUAACCAAAUAAAUGAUGCCUACCCCCGAGCCACUCCUAAUUGGGACUAUCAGGAUCAGAAUGCUCGGACCGCCCUGGCAACAUACAGGAACCAUGUACUGGCGGGAAUGAGGAGGGCAGCUAGGAAGCCCACUAAUUUGGCUAAGGUGGCUGAGGUGGUCCAGAAAUCAGAUGAGUCGCCAGGGGUUUAUUUGGAGCGCCUGAAGGAAGCCUACCGGCAGUUUACCCCUCUGGACCCGGACGAUCCUGCCAAUGCUCCGGUUGUUAAGGCAGCCUUUGUGGCCCAAGCCACUCGCGAUAUUCGCCGAAAAAUUCAGAAAACCGAAGGGUUUCUAGGCCAUGGGCUGGAGUGGAUGUUAGAGGUGGCACAAACCACGUAUAACCAGAGAGAUGAGGUAGCCCAGAAGAAGAAAGAAAAUUACCAGGCUAAGAAACUCAUGGCUCUGCGCGCCAGCAACAGCGGCACGGGGGAACCUGCCCGGGGAGGAGGGCGCGGCCGCCUGGGACGCAACCAGUGCGCCAUCUGCCGCCAAGAGGGCCACUGGAAGAACGAAUGCCCUCAGGGAAGAACCGGAGGCAGGGGAGGCCGGAUUCCUGGCACCAUCCCCAUGGGAGAUGGCACUGACUUAAGACCCUGGGGUGCGACUGGGGGACCCUCCAGGGGACGAGGAAGGGGAAGAGGAGGCCUUUGGUACCCGCCUGGGAACCGAGGACAGGCUGAAGCCAUGA